UAGGCAGAAACGAGCGCUGUUAACGACGGGGAGACGCGCCGCGGUGAUCGGGGGGAAAGAGAGCUGUGGAGACUGGAAACAUGAGAUUGAUUGUCAUCUCUGCGGUUCUGCUGUUGAAAGUUACUCUUGGAAAGAGUUGUGCCAGCGGGAAGUACACCGAGUCGGGACAUUGUUGCAAUUUGUGUCCAGUUGGUUAUGGAUUGGAGGAAACGUGUGGGAAGGAGAAUACCAAAUGUCAACCAUGUCUGCCAGGAACAUUUUCACCAUCCGAAGGCCUCGGCUCCUGCCUUCCAUGUAGCACGUGUCCGCCUGGUGUCCCCAUGCUGAUGUCCUGUUCGGCAACCCAGGACACCCAAUGCGAGUGCGACACUGGCUUCUACUUUCUGAGCGGCUUAGGUGUAUGCGCACCCUGUUCCAGGUGCAGGACGGGUCACGGGGUCGUCCGGGAGUGCGGUCCUCGAGGAGACACGCUUUGCCAGAAGUGUGGCCCGGGAACCUUCUCAGAGGAGGAUGUCAGCACCAAACCGUGCCAGGCUUGCAGUCAGUGCUCCGAUGACGAAGUGGAGAUCCAAUCCUGUAUGCACAACUUUGACACACUUUGCAUGGAUAAGAAGCUGCACAUUGGCCCUGCUGGUGCCGACGGGGUCUUGAAUAUUCCUAACGGGGCGGUGAUGGAGGAAAACGAGGAGGAAGACGGCAGCCCCGCACCAGGACCGUCCAAGUUCACGCCGCAGGAUGAGGGUGGCAGCAACAACAUUCUCGUCUACGUGUCUGUUCUGGCUGCUGUGGUGCUGGGCUUGUUGGUUUACGUGGCUUAUAAAUGUUGGAGGUCGUGCAAACAGAAGAAGGCCCUUUCCAAGGCACGUGUGGCAGAGCUGGCAACGUCUCCAGAAGGAGAAAAGCUCCAAAGUGACAGCGGUGUGUUUCUGGACUCUUACAGCCUACAGGACAACCAGCCCAGUAAAGGUACCAAGAGAGACAGCAAGCUCGACAACCGCCUGUACAUCAACUUGCCACCGCACAAACAGGAGGAGGUGGAGCGCCUCCUGCAGGAGGCAAGCGGCCGCGGAUGGAGGCACCUCGGUGCGGCGCUGGGCUACGAACCCGAACAGCUGGACCUGUUCGGACGCGGCGAGGCCCCGGCGCACACACUCCUGUCUAACUGGGCCCAGAGAGAGGGCUCCACUCUGGGACUGCUGAGCUCGGCGCUAAACCGCAUCGAGAGACCUGAUGCGGUGACGGCCCUCAACAGCACGCAGCAGGGUGUUUCUGUGGUGUGACCAACUCGCCGGACCCUCGAGCGACAAUCAGACUCAAGUGGGGGUGGGAUAAGCGAGGCACUCGGCUUUCAGCUCUUCUGUUAUGGUUGAAGGAGUCAUUCUUAAAUUACUUUGUUUAUAGACCUUUUUUUUUUUCACUAAAAUACCAUCGAUACUCCAAAAAUAUAUUACUUGUUGCUUAUUUGAACUGUGUGAAAGAUUAUGAUGCCGCAUGGUAACCGAUUUGUCUGUCUGGCAGUGCAGGGAUUAUUGGACUGAAUAUACAGAGCCGUAAAAAAUAUUUCCCCCAAACAGACUUCUAGUGUUUUUGUUUUUACGUCACAUUUACAUGUUUCAGAUCAUAAACAAAAUGUUUAUGUCAGAGGAUGGCAACCUAAGUAACUACAAGAAGCCCUUUUAAAAAGGAUGAUUUUAUUCAUUAAAAGGAAAUAUUUUAAUCUAACCCGACCCUUUGAGGAAAUGUAACUGCAUGGCACCAUAAAUUCAAGUAUAUGCUGCAGCUUGAAGUUCUUUUUCCUUUUUUUGCAUCAAUGUGGAGAAAUUUUUUUGAUUCUUUUGCAGCAUUCAGUUACACUGGAAUGUAUUUGAGCACAAGUAGCCUGUUUAAGGUCAAGCAGCCUAAUUUCACUCAGGUUUUUCACCAUUCCAACACCUUUUGUUCAUAAGUGGGGCUACUUAUUGGCUCUGUUCAUUUCCGCAAAGCAACGGAAAGCAGCCCCAGACUAUCACACCACCACCUCCAUGUCUGACUAACGUCUGUCAGAAAUGCUGAGUUAGUUUACAGCAGAAGUAGCAGGCACACAACUUGCAAAUAGGUCCACUUUUUUCCCCUCCUAAGACCACAGAAUAUUUUUCCAUUUGGUGCUGAAACUCUUCCGUUGAGGUUAGAAAGUGAAGCCUGGAGUGCUUGAGAAACUGUUUAGAGGUUUUCAGUUGGAUGAGACAGAGAUGUUUUCUCUGAAGAAUUAUGGCCGGUCAGCCGCUCCUGUGAAGGUUCAUUACUGUUCAGUUUGGUUCAAUGCCUUAAAAUGGUUUUACGACUGAAAUAUGUCACUCAUUUUGUUCCUCGUCUAUUCUUAAAUGUUCUUUCAAUCAACGGUUUGUGUGUUUCUAUUUUUAUUUUAGAUCUUUUAGCUUACUUCAUGUUGUCAGAUAGGUUCCUUUUUAGUCAUUCUACAGGACUGUCAGAAAUCAGACCUUCAUGUUUCUACUGAAAUUGACCCAAAAAUGUUUUUAAUCAUACGUAAUUCAAUUGGGAAACCAUACAUUUUCAUAGAGCCAUGUUGUGUCAGAUUUUUAAUAGCUGCUUUCAUCCACUGUACAGAGUCAGAGGAAUUCAAUCCUUUCAUAUUUAAGAACAAUGUCUCCUCUAAACGUUACACGUUAAGUACAAAACCAUUUAGAAUAGACACACAAAUACUCAAAAUAUUCAGUUCACCAGCAAAAUGAUGUGCAGUAUGUUGUAUUAUGAGCAGAAAUGUGUAUUUUUGAACAAAAAAUCAAAUCUCAUCUUUGACAUAAAAGGAAUAUUUCUAUGUAAAGUUGUUUAUAUUGAACUCCGUAGCUCAACGUGUUUCUUCUUUGGAUGCUUUUUUAAAAAUAAAGUACAUUUUAAAUAA